AUGGGGAGUCUAGCCAACUCCCGCUGGGCACCGAACACAUCUCAAAGUGAACGGUACACACCUCAACCCGGAUACCGCACAACAUUCUCCACAAAUAGCAGUAUCCACAAUGUCCGCAAUCAAAGCAGGACGAACACAAGAACCUCCAGCCCAGCUUCCACGCCACCAUACCAGCCACAUCAUCCAGGCACCUUAUUACCACCGGCCGAGGAACUCUCUCGAUUCAUGAAAAUUGUCGCGCGACUGCGCUGGAAGCUACCCUUCCUGGCUGAAGGGUACAGACUAGCAACGAUGACUGAUGGCGUUGAACCGGGUGAUACCGUGCACGCCGAGAUAAUGUUCAAGAUUGACUUCCAUGAAUAUUAUGCUCUACUAGAGCGUGCGAUUGUGCAUUUACUUGCUGUUUUUAACAUUUCCGUUUCCGCGGGGAGAGGUGGGGGUGUUAGUGUUGAUGGAAAUGGACGUGGUGAAAGUGUUCACCGAUACCAUGCCAAUGUUCUUGAGGCAUUACGGGAACAGUCGACACCUUUAUCGCCUGUUCUUGGGAGUGGGGUUAUUUAUUCGCAGUUGCAGCGCGCGAAGGAUUUGCGGAAUCGAUGGAAGACCGCAGAUUUGACACCUGAAGAGAGGGAGAGACAGGGGGAGCGGAAAGAAGUUGUUGCGCUUGCGAGUUUCGACUUUGAAAGCAUUCUAUCUGAUAUCUUUCUGGGGUUGGAGGAGUCUUAUGUGCGUGCCAAAGAUCAUGUUGACAAGUGCAUCCGGCCGGAUGAUGGGCCUGAGGUUGAGGCAGAUGAGGAGGCUGGGUGGGGAUUUAUGGUUGAUGCUAUGGACUGGGAGGCCGUUUGA